AUGUUCUUGCACAACACAUUGAAAUUGAGUGGCAAGGAUAAGAGGGAGAAUGAGCUAAUGUAUGUGAAAUCAAGGGACACUGCAGAGGACAUCUUUAAAACGUAUGUCCAAGCAAGCCGUGGAGUAUAUCAAUGGGAUGACAAAGAAAUGGAAGUUUUUGGUGGAAAUGUAAGUGAACCCUUUAUUCUUGACUUCUACAUAGCUUGGAAGACGAAUGGGAACUUGCCCAAGGGGGAAGAAUGGGAUGUGGCAACAAUUGAAAAAUUUGUUCCAUGGGAGGUUUUCACUAAGGAGAUGGCACGCAUGGUUAAGGAACACCUCUUGGCUCCAUUGCUUGAGACUUCGAAACUUACCUUUAGAAAGACAUCCAUCUUAGAUCAUCUUGGGUACUACAACUUCGCAUUGAUUGAUUAUGAAGGCCACAAGGCACCAAUCGAGAUCAUCGCACCAAAAAGUAUUGAGGCCAACGAAGGAUGGUCUCAGUUGAGGAUGGAGCUCCUGGAUGCGUUUCUCAAAAUGCCUCAGUCUAUCAGUAUGCCUGCAAUUCAGGUGACAAUCCAACCACACACCUCUGCAUCUGAUCCAGACUGUUCACUCGAUGCACUAAAACGUCUAAGCACUCCUGCCAUCCAGCAGCCCACAGAAGUGGCCUUGACACCAACUGGCACUCGUUCCACAGCAACACACUCUGUCAGCAGCCGAAAGAGCCGAAAGUCUACAUUACCAUCUGGGGUCAGGUUGCCCCCUCUUACCUCUUCCUCCUGGAAGGAAACUCCAAUGCCUCCAAGCACUCCAAGUGUUAGAACGCGGGGAUUCGGACGACUCCGGAAUGGAAUCGGAGACUUAGCAUGGAAGGACCUUGGCCUCAGUGACUCAGGCGGAGCGCUGUGCCAUUGCUGGUUGUCCUAG